UACCGGCAGCCUGAAACGUGUCCAGUGUAUUUAAUGUGACGUCAUCAGAAGUGGACGGUAGAUGAAGACGAAUGUAAGCGUGUUGAUCUCGCCCGGAGCAGGUUUGACAAGUCUCAAGAUGGAUUCCCUAUACGGCCAGGUAGCCAUUGGAGUAUUGGGAGGAGUGGGCUGUGGACUUUUCCUUGGCUGGCACUUCCGGGCUCGGUUCAGCAACUCUUCCAAAGACAACGGGGCGGCGAUGGGGAAUGGCAGUAGGGGUGAAACGGCCACCAGCAUCAUGGGAGAAGGAGGGGAGUUCAAAAUGAUCCUGGUGGUCCGAUCCGACCUGAAGAUGGGCAAGGGGAAAGUGGCCGCCCAGUGCUCACACGCCGCCGUGUCGGCCUAUAAACAGGUCCAGCGCAGGAACCCUGAGCUUCUGAAACAAUGGGAGUACUGUGGCCAACCCAAGGUUGUGGUUAAAGCUCCAGAUGAGGACAGUCUGAUAGAACUGCUAACCCAUGCCAAAGAGGUAGGGCUGCCUGUCAGUCUGAUCCAAGAUGCAGGGAGGACACAGAUAGCGCCAGGAUCCCGUACUGUGCUGGGAGUAGGCCCUGGAGCAGCUGAUCUUGUGGACAAAGUCACUGGACACUUGAAGCUCUAUUAGACACGAAAUAAGACUUGAAUUGAGUUGUCUGUAUUAGUUGUGUUUGAAGUAGGAUAAUCAUGGUUCACUUUCAAAUGUUUUUUUUUUAAUGGAGAAAUUGUCAUUUGGGAACUGUACAUUAAUUUUCAUUAAAAGGUCCAAACAUCA